AGAGCGUAUUUGAUGAUUAAGAAUGAUCUAGGUCUCCAUAGUGCCCUAUGUGAUACAAAUCGUCUACGUUUUAUCAACUCCCAUGACGAAUCGAAAUGCAGUGAAUGUACAAACGGCAGUGGAGGCAGAAGCUGGAAAUUGGUCGGAAAAAUGAAGGAAGUGGUCAUCUCUAAAUCCACAGCUGUCAAAGAUAAGGUUAGUGAACUCGUGACACAAGCAGCUCCUUCACAGACAGCGGGCGGUGAAGUGAAACACGUUCUAUCUUCUGAUCGUUAUGGAAAGAGGUACCGUAACGAGCCGUCAGUCUUCUCGAUCGAUGAUGAUUCAAGCGACGAAAGUGCUGGGACGUUGUUCAACAAAACGAGCAAAAGGGAAGAGGUGCGGUGCUUUUUGCUAGUCAUAAUAUCGGCAAUACGUGAUUCCGGACGCAUUGCAUUUAGGGCCGGAGAAAAUUCGCCUUCUUGCCUUUUCAAAAACGAAGUCGCGUUUGAUUUGUUGGAGUUACGAAGUCAUUGUUGA